GCGCGGUGGACGGGGACAAAAAAUAUGGUUAUCAACAAAAUUCUCUGCAUUCAAGUGGGCAAUUUCGCAGUCUCUCUUUCAUGAUGUCAUUUAUCUUUUUUCCAGCUAUCAUAUGCAGUUUGCGCACGGAGUCUCAGCGACGACAGGAUACCCAUUCUCACCUCCAGUGUCAUACAGGACAAGUAGUCGCCGCCAGCCACUCAAACUUGAGCGAUCGGAGAUUCUUGAAGGAAGGUGUCAUAAAUGCAAGAAGUGGGUUCCCGUCGAAAGUAUCAAAGAUUGCGAGGUGAAGGUCAAGGAACUGUUCUGGUGGAAACAUGCUGCAUCCUGCCACCAAGGGUCUCAGGUACCAGGGGACGAUGACUUCUUUGAACAAGACGAUGUUUCCCGUCGCUUAGAAGAACUCGGACUCUGAAGCAUCUCUUUUCUCUUCUUGUGCUGUAAUAUGGACUGUGCUGGACUUUCAACUGUAUGUAUAUCGCGUAUCGCUAUGUGGACAUCGAACAUGCAUGCUGUAUUUUGUCAUGGCUUGUAGUUACCUUACAGUACGGACAAGCUAAUCUGAAUGUAUUUUUGGCCACUACCACUGUGAUAUCGUCUUUUGGUUUGGCGGCUCCGAGACGUGUUGGCGCGACAAUAUACUCGUUGUCGUUGCAAUUUGUGCAACAAGAACUUCCACAUGAACUUGUGUUCGCGUUCUCGCACGUGACUUUGA